AGUUGUCAUAUUUUUGUUUUGUGAGUCUCACUGUCUGUCCAAGUAUAUUUCUUCAUACAGCGAAUUUUGUUUAUUGUUAACACAUGUAUAAUAUUAAUUUUUCCUCGCAAAAUGAUUUCCAAAGAUAGCCGUAUUUAUAAACGUGUAAUUUUCAUUUUCUUAUAAUAAUUUAUCAACAUGAUAACGUAUCGAACAAAAUGGAAGCAUUUAAAAUUAUUUUCGUUUUAAUAUUGUCAAUUUUGAGCAGUACUGCCCAUUGGUAUAUAAAAGAUGUAGCUAAAAAUCUAAGUAAUGAAAUUGAGGAAUUGAAAAAUAAUGAAUUAGGAGUGCCUUUUGUAUUGAACUUGUACAAAAACUUUGUAUUCAUACAACCAAAAGAUGAUCUAAUGAAAAUUGUGAAUAAUAUAGCUCAUAAAUUAGAAACAAAAAUUACUGAUAUAUUUUCAGUAUUAGAAAGUUCACAGUUAGUAAUAGAUACUAAAUUAUCCAAAGAAAACAGUGUUACUUUAAAUUCUUCAGUAACUCCAUGCUUUCUAAAUGAAUCCCUGAGGAAUCAGUAUAACAAUAACUCUUAUAAUUCUACUGAAAAUCCGCUAGAAUCAAUUAACAUUUUAGACAAAAUGAAGCAAAACUUCAUUAGCGUAUCUGAAGGAGUAAAAAGACAAUAUUUUAUAUCAGAUUAUGAAAUAAAACAAUUAAAAAGGACUCCCUUUCUACGUUGUAGUGAGUCUGAAGAAAACAUUAUAUGGAGUAACUACAUGAAAAGAAAUAUUUAUCAGCAGAAAAAUUUAAUCCUCGUACUUGACAUAGGAGGUUCAAUGAAUCAAGUACAGUUUAAUCUGUUAAAAUCAGUUGCUAAAGGAAUGUUAUCAGUAUUGAAUGAAGGUGACAGAGUUUCUGUUUCAACAAUAAGUUCAAAUUUUACUUAUCUUGAGAAUGAUUGUAAUAUAUUAUAUGGUUAUUAUUUGUUGGAAAAGACUCCAGUAUUAAAACAAGCUACUUCCAGUUACAUUCAAAAUUUGGAAAAAUACAUUGAUGCUAUAAUUAGUGAACCAGGCUUAACUAACCAUACUCUUGGUUUUGAGAAGAGUUUAGAGAUUGUGGUAAAUAGUGCAGACUUAGUAAAAAACGAAACAAUUAUGAUUUUAUAUGUAAGCAGAGGAUUAUUGUCAUCCCUAAUGGAACCCAAAGAAGUAUUGGAAAUGGUUGAAAAAUUUACAAGAAUUCACAAUAUUACAUCUUUGUUUAUCAACACAUGUGCCAUAAUUGAUGAACUGAAGCCAGUAGUAUAUGAACCUCAAUUUUUAUGUGAUAUUGCCUACCAUAAUUACUCCAAAUAUAAUAUACCUUUCAAACCAAAUCCAUACCGCAAGCUUGGAAUGAUGCUCAAAGUAGAGAAUUUAGAAAGUAUACCUUUUGUGGUAGAAAGAUUUUAUUCAGUUUUUAAUCCUCAUUCGAAUUUUGAGAUAGGAACAAACAUUCACUCUCCAAGUUGGGACAAAAGUGAAAACGAUUUAAUGGUGUCAUUUACAAAAGGCUGGAAAAGACAAAAUAAAUUUUUCAUGUUGGGUGUAGAUGUCUAUUUUUCAAAUUUAGCAGAAGAUUUAGUAUAUUAUAGUAAUGUACAAGGUUAUUCUUAUGUAUUUCUUAUGGAUUUAAAAGGAAAGAUAGCUUACCAUCCAUACUAUCUAAGAGUGAAACAAAAAAGUCAAUCCCAUGUUAUAGAUUUAGAAAAUAUUGAGAAAGUUUCAAAUAUAGCUAACUUGAAAAAGCGAAUAUUGAGUGAAAAAAAAGGCAUCUUUCAGGAUUUUAGAAAAAAUAAUAGUGAUUUGGUUCAAUACCGAUGGAACAGAAUAAGUGAUUGGUAUGUAGUGUGUUUAGUUACAAAUACUAAAUAUGGUGUCCCAAGCAUACCUCAGAAAUCUAUCUGGUUUCAAAACGAUUUUUUGUAUCAAAAUUUUGGAGAUUACAAGCUAUGCAGACAUUUAAAUAUUCUGGCAACAAUAGAUGUUUUUUCGUUAUAUUUAAGCCCAUCUUGUUUUCGUUCUCCAUUUCUGGCAGCUCACUUAAUACAAAACAAAUUGCGUUCUGAAGACUUUGUGGCAUAUCUGAAAGACGAUAGCAGAUUAUUGAUUAACCCCGGCUUAAAAGAAGAAAUUAGAGAGGAAGUUUCGUUAUUAUCACAUAUAUUAAUGUUCCUCAGAAAGCGCCAUCUACAAUCGGAAAUAUCAAAUUAUAUAGUUAGACGUUAUGCAUCCUCAAAUUCUGGUGUUUUCCAAAUGUUUCCAGGAAGUACUAUUAAACCAGGAUGGUCACCUACAAAGAGUCUAUGGUUUUAUAAAGCCUCACAACAUAGAGGCAAAGCUGUAUUAGUUCCUCCAUAUUUAGAUAAGGGUGGGGCUGGUUAUGUUAUAACUAUAGCUUAUGCAACUUCACAAUUUAUUAUUGGAAUGGAUGUUACUUAUGGUUUUAUUCUUAAAAUGUUGAUAACUAUUAUACCCGAGUGUUUGAAUAAAAACAUCACUUGUUUUUUGAUAGAUGAUGAGGGAUACAUUAUCUAUCAUCCCAACUUGAUGAAUUCAAAUGGAGCUAAACCCAUAGAACAACAACAUAUAGUACAUAAGGAGUCAUUAGUUUCAAAUGAUAUCUUGAAUCACAAACAUUUUAUACAAAAGCUUCUUUGUAACAGUUAUGGUGAUGAUACUAUACAGAGGUACUACGCAUUAAAUACUAGCUUUGUUGGUGUAUUAGUAAAUUUUGUACCAGGUGAACAAUGUGUUAAAUACCAAAUUACCAGUAUACCUAAAACUAAUAUGUUCUUAGGAAUUGUUAAUGUUUCUUGUAAUUUUGGAGCUACUUUCUGCCCUUGUAGCAUCAUUGACAGAUUGUGUUUAAACUGCAAAAGAAUGGAACAGAAAGAAUGUGAAUGUCCUUGUGAGUGUCCAUUAGAAAAUAGUGAUAUUUGUGACACAAAGCCUAAUUCCAGUAAUGUGACAGACAAUGUACCAUGUAAAAAAUAUGCAGAAGAAUCUUUAGGAAACAGCUUUAUUGUUAGUCCCAACAAUAACUUGGAGUCAUGUUUUGUCGUUAGUUGCUAUGAACAAAAGACUUAUUUAGAUUGCUUAGGACUUAUUGGUUGUGAAUGGUGCAUGUUUGACAUAAACCGUAACUAUUUAAGGAAACCAUUUUGUGCAUCUAUUAGUACCUGUUUCAAAGGAAUAUUCGACAUAUCAGAUACUUCUUUUGGUAGGGUACCAAAUAGUGUUGAAUUCUCAUCAGCAGGACCAAUUAUCUAUUCAAUUAUAGGCAUAACUGUACUGUUUGUACUUUUGUUAGUAUGUUACCGCUCUUAUUCUAACCAAAUAACUGACAGAUUGUAUGUAUCUUCAAUCCAAGAUCAACUACGGAUGAGUGACAUGAAUAUCACCGAUAAUUUUCAUGAUUCAGGAAAUCACAGAGAUAAAUUAAUUCAAGAGGAACAUCUAAAUGUAAGUCCAUAUUGUGUUGCUGGUACAUAUAGAAGGACUACAGGUCCUACUGACUCUGAUCAUGGGUACUCAACAAUGACACCACACGAUGAAUCUGAACAUAUGUCUUUGGCUCCUGUAGAGGUAGAUUCCUUAGAGGAUGAUAUAUUUUCAGAUAGUACUUCCGUACAUACAAGUCUUUCAAAUAAGGACACUCCAAGACUCUUCCCUCCUGUAUCCACAAGGAUUCCUCAAAGGAACUGUAUCACUGUUCCUGUAACUGUACAUCAGAAUGCAAUAACUUGAUGCCAAUUAUUCUUCAAGAUGUUUUUAUUAAUCAACAUUCAAAUAUUUUGUUUACUAUUAGGUUUUAUAAUACUGGGAGUCCUAUAAAAUACUAAUUGACGAAUAUUUGUGUUAACCCAAUUUAAAACUGUUUGUAUAGUUUCUUAAUGUAUUGUAACAUUGUUAUUUUAUAUAUAGAAUGUAUGGAUUAUAAUUUGAGCAAUGACAAGUAUGCGACGAUUGCUGAGAAUUCAUUCAAAAAUCUAGACUUGAAAUUCUUUAGCUGACUACUAACAUAUAUGAAUUAAUUGUAUAUUUAGUUAUAAAUUGCAGAUACUUGACAAUCCCAAUGAAAGGAAUAUAUUCAAACUCUACAGUACAACUCUGAACUAAGUAUUUUUACUGGAAUACAUUUUCUCAACUCAUAACAGAUGUUCCUUCCAGAUUUCCUCCAUUCUAAUAUACGUCCAAUCUGUGAAUUUUUAUAAAUUUGUAUGUACAUAGAUAUUUAUCAUAAACUAUAGAAUGAAAAAAAACUAGUAAAUAAAUAUGUACCUCCAA